ACACACAGACACUGCGAGGACAAGCCAAUCCACCCAGUAAAACACACAGACACUGCGAGGACAAGCCAAUCCACCCAGCAAAACACACAGACACUGCGAGGACAAGCCAAUCCACCCAGAAAAGUACAGACACUGUGAGGACAAACCAAUUCACACAGACAUUGCGACGACAAGCCAAUCCACCCGGCGAACACACAUCCAGCCAUACAGCCACAGUGGUAUAGAACAGGCAGUCACAUUAGCACAGCACUUGAUGUAAAACAAACAAAUGCAUUUAUAUUACACGAAGACCAGGGCAAAACCGAGCCAAUACCGAUCGUAAGUACAGUAAUCUCAGUGUGAAGUUUUACCAGUCCCACCAGACAAUCGUCUCUUUUGGCAAGACAAGAAGUAAUUUAUUCGUGCGUGUGGAUCGUGUGAUUCGAAAAUAAGGGCAAUAUCUAUCUAUCUCAUUCUGUAUAAAAUAAACAUAUGAGAGGGUUGAAACACGUGUCGGAGAAGCGAAUGUCCUCCCAGAUCCAAAGCAGUGAAGUUCAUCCAGUUUUUAUCCAAGCGAUCCCAUCUUCAGGAUGUCAGUGAACAGUUCCAUUGCUACUAGUAAAGGUGUUGAUUCAAACGCGGUUGAUACUUACGACAGUGGCGAUGACUGGGAGAUUGGAGUGGGGAAUCUGAUCAUCGAUUUAGACGCGGAUCUGGAGAAAGACAGGCAGAAAUUGGAGAUGAAUAACUCGAGUUCCAGCAGCAGCGUGAGCAGCAUUGCAGCCCCGGGCAGUAGCAGCAGCAGCAAGGACUGCGGGGCUAGUGUCACAGCAGCUUCAGCCCUUUCUGAGAGCCUCAAAUUUACCUCCGCUUCAGUCCAGCCACCCCCGGGAAACCCCCACAAGGAGACUGGCAAAUCCAAAGUGAAAAGAAGCAAAACUUCCAAGGAUGCUAAUAAAUCUCUCUCCUCCGCCGCACUGUAUGGGAUUCCUGAAAUUAGCAGUGCUGGCAAGAGGCAGGAAGUUCAAGGGCGCCCUGGAGAUGUUUCUGGCAUGAAUUCAGCCCUGGGUCAAACAGUUAGCAGCAGCAACAACAGCAGCAACAGCAGCGGUGGUUGCAAUAAUAAUAACAAUAACAUUAAUAAUAACACCGCCCUUGGCAAUUGCACUAAAAACAAAGAGGAGAAAGCGGGCAAGGGCUCGGGCAGGGGAGGCUCGAAGCGGGAUAAGGACGCUGCCAGGUCUCGCAAGGAUGGCAAUAAGCAGGAGGUGGGGGUGCACCCUGGACAGCCCCCGAUGUCGGUGCCGGUGACAUCCGCUGCUCAUCUCUUUAAUUUCGGUGCCAAAAGCGGCAGCAGCGCCUUGCAGUGCUGCGGGGAGCCCCCGGCCCGCAUCCAGGACAUUAAAACCACUCUGGAGUCAGGAAUAUUAAGCAACCCUGUCGUGCUGAAAAAAGAUGAUGAAGUGCAUGACGAGGAGAGUGCCCGGCCCACCAAGAAAUUGAAAACCGAGAAGCAUUGGUACAAUGACCAUAUCAAUGAAUUGGGGUGUGUAUUAGUUAAGGAAAAAACUCCUGAGAAUGGAAUCAAAGUGUUUCAAGGCAUGGCCCCCGAUACUGGGGCAAACGGAGGUAAGACGGUAAUGGGGGAUGUAUGUGGAGAAUGUAAACGAAUGGAGCGUUUAGAGGAAGUUUUGCUGAAGAAGGAUAUCGAGUGGGGUAAUCGUAGUGGUGUGGUUGAAAUUCAGAGUUGA